GGUGGUAACCUUUUGCCCGAGGGCAUCGAUGUUCAACCUAUCUAUGCGGGUAUUGCCAUUGCUGUCCUCUCUGGCGCAUGCAUCUCAACUUAUAUUAUAAAAACAAAAAAGGAGGAGGAGAAUCCAGGACUGUUCAAGUCCUUCUUCCUCUUCUUCUACUCAUCAUUUCUUAAGCCACACCAAGGCGACGCCAAGGGCACCCAGCAGGAUGCCUUGGAGAGCUUCUACAAGAAGCAAGCCGGGGCUUAUGAUGCCACUCGCAAAGUCUUGCUUCGCGGCCGUGAGGAUAUGCUGGCACUAGUUGCUGCCCAGCUGAAUGCCAAGGCCAAGGCCAACUCGGCCACUGCAGACAAGAGUGAGAAACGACGUAUUUGGGUCGAUAUUGGCGGCGGCACUGGCUGGAACAUUGAGGCCAUGUCUGCUUUUGUCGAUGUCCCCAACUUCUUUUCCAGCGUCUACCUCGUCGACUUUUCCCCAUCUCUCUGUGAGGUUGCCCGGAAGAGGUUCGAGAGACUGGGCUGGAAGAACGUCACAGUCGUCUGUCAAGAUGCCCGCAAGUUUCGUCUCGAGGAUUACGAGGCUGGAAUGCCCGUAACCCGAAGCCCGCGAUCUCCUGUUCUCAGCUACUUCUCCCAGCAGCGCCCAGAGCACGGGGGAGCAGACUUGAUCACCAUGUCAUACAGCCUUUCCAUGAUUCCCGACUAUUACUCUGUAGUUGACUCAGUGGCAUCCCUGAUGUCCCCUGACGGAAUUAUGGGAGUUGUUGACUUCUAUGUCCAGAACCAGAUUGACUUCUCCUUCCGGAACUACACUGGCGGUCUUGUCGACCGUCACACCAACUUCUUGACCCGCAGUUUCUGGCGAUCUUGGUUUGAUCUGGACAGAGUUGGACUUGAACCCAGCCGCCGUGAUUACCUCGAGUACAAGUACGGCACUGUCCUUUCUGCCAACUGCCGCAACCGCGCCCUUGGUGCCAUCCCGUACUACAUCUGGGUCGGUUGCCACAAGAAGCCCUUUUCUUCUUCCAGCUUGCCCCAUGAAAUCGUUGAGCGUAUUGACGCCUUGGCAACUGAGUCUCCCUACCUCGGCCCAGUCAACCAAGGUGAUGCCCUGACCCGUGCCAUCGAGAGAUCCGCUCCCGAGAUCCGCUCCAAGGCUUUCCUCACUGCUGUGGAGAAUUUGAGUGCCAACCUGCCCCUGCCUUCUUUCUUCUAUCAGAACCACCACUGGCGCAUCUACUACGAUGACCAGCUCCAGAAGCACAAGCAAUUCAACGACGAGUAUAUCUAUGCUUUCACUUGGGAAGACACUCGCGUUGAUGAGCGCCUGCUCAACCUGGGUCCCGAUGACAAGGUCCUUGCCAUUACAUCCGCUGGUGACAACAUUCUCUCUUACCUGACCAAGUCCCCUGCCCGCGUUCAUGCGGUUGAUCUGAACCCCACCCAGAACCAUCUCUUGGAACUCAAGGCUGCCUCCUACACCGCCGGUCUCUCUUACGACGACUUCUUCAUGAUUUUCGGUGAUGGAAAGCACCCUCGGUUCCGUGAGAUUCUCCUGAACCAACUGUCUCCCCACCUGUCCAGCCGCGCUUUCCAAUAUUGGCUCAAGAACAUUCACGUGUUCCAGAACUCCACUGGCUAUGGCCUCUAUGAUACCGGUGGUUCUCGUCAUGCCAUUCGUGUUUUCCGUUGGAUCGCUCGCAUUUUUGGUCUCCGGUCCAUUGUCAAGAAGCUCCUAGAAACCAAGACCCUCAACGAGCAGCGUGAGAUCUGGCGCAACAAGAUUCGUCCCGCCCUUUUGUCCAAGCUUGUAUGCAACUUGGUUGUUGCCCAAGAGAGUUUCCUGUGGGCUGCUCUUGGUGUCCCCAAGAACCAGCUUGCUAUGAUUGAGGAUGACCAUGCCAAGUCCGAGGUCGUCGAGACCAAGCAGGCAAAGAACACUCGUUCGCAUGCCAUCUGGCACUACAUGGUCAACACCCUUGAUCCUGUGGCUGAGGGAACCCAUAUCGCUGAGGAUAACCCGUACUACUAUGUGUGCAUGGCUGGAAAGUUCUCUCGCAAGUGCCACCCCGACUAUCUGAGCCCCAAGAACCACGCCAAGCUUUCUCGCCCCGGUGCCCUUGAUGGCCUCCGAAUCCACACUGAUGAGCUUGAAGAGGUCAUUGCCCGUAUCAUGCCUGGCACCCUUACAGUCGCCGUCGUCAUGGACAGUAUGGACUGGUUUGAUGUCGGCUCUCCAGCUACAAGCGCACAGGUCAGCAAGCUCAACCGCGCUCUCAAGAUGGGAGGCCGUGUUCUGCUUCGUUCGUCCGCUCUGAGCCCUUGGUACAUCUCCGUCUUCAAGGAGCACGGGUUCAGCGCCAAGAGCCACGGCGCCCGUCUUGACGGUGCCUGCAUUGAUCGUGUCAACAUGUAUGCUGGCUGCUGGAUUUGCACUAAGACCGAGAACCUCCCACCCCCAACCCCUGAGAUGGAGCGUGCUACCGGCGCCGACAUCACAAACUUCACCCUGUAA